AUGAGUCUUUGUGGGGGACUGGUGAGGAACGCCUCGUGGGUUGCUAUCCAAGUUCAGGAGCUUGUUCAUUGCUGGGUUGUUUUUCAUGCAUGCACCAUGGAAAGUGGAGGCAAGCUGGAUGACCUUGCCCAGAAGCAAGGAGCCGGGCGAGACUUCGGCAGCUCGGAAGCACGGAGUCGACUCUUGGAGUCCAGAGCAGACGCCAAGGGUCAAUACCGUGUCAUCUCGGACGUCGAGUUGGCGGGCGAGGAGGCAGGUGCACCCCAGUCACCAGAAGAGUUCUAUGACGAGAUCUUGCACAGUGUGGGCUUCAAUCUCUUCAUCAGCGGUUUGAUUGUGGCGAACGCCGUCGUCAUCGGCAUGGAAACCGACAACAAAGAUGAUGAGCUUUGGUCGAUUUUGGAAUUUGUCUUCUUGGGCAUCUUCACCGUGGAGCUGAUCCUUCGCCUGAUCGUUUCAGGGCCCAAGAAGAACCUCUUCGACUUCUGUGUUGUCUUUGCCGGUUGCUUGGACGUGAUGUCCAACAUGUCACCCGUUCGACACGAGAAGGGUAGCUUCAUGACCUUCCUGCGCAUCGUGCGGCUUCUUCGCGUGAUGCGGAUGAUCCGCCUCUUGCGCUUCCUUCGGGACUUCCAUGUUUUGACCUUUGGCUUUGCUGCCGCGGCCGUGGCCAUCCGCCCGAGCCCGAGCUUGCGGAACGCACCAGAUGACGGGACCCGGCAGGUCGGCAUGGAAGACCUGAAAGAUGCCACACAACGGAUCGUCCACUAUGGACGUUCUGGGCGUUGGCCUCACGUGCUUGCCGUGUUUCACCAACUGGGCCACCGAAACGCCGAGCCGGAUGUGAAGUGCUGCAAUGCGGUUCUGUCCGGCUGUCGCGACUGGUCGAAAGCUGUGGCGGUCCUCCAAGAGGCGACCCAAAUGCGCCUGAAACGCGAUGCGGUGACUUUAGCUUCCUUGUUGCGAGGGCGUCAAGGAGAAUGGGAGAAGAGUUUUAGCACUUUGUCAGAAGCCGCAAAGUCUGAAGUCUCUUUGGAUGCAGUAUUCUACAUGAACAUUUUGGCAUCAUGCAGCACCGCUCGACGCUGGAAAGAGAGUGCCCAUUUGCUCCGGCAUUUGGGCAUCAAGCGCCACAGGUACGAUCAGCAACACUGCAAUUCGGUGAUGGCCUCGUGUGAUGGGCGCUGGGAGUUGACGUGUCAUUUGCUGAAGGUGGAGCAGCAACGAUCGUUGCAGGUGGAUGUGAUUGCCGUGAAUUCCGCCAUCCAUGCUUGUGCCGCGGAUCAUGACGGACACGCCUGGGAACAGGGUGUGAUGAUCUUGUUGGGGACUGCUGAAAUGCGCGUAAGCCCUGACAUCAUCAGCUUCAAUACUGCUAUGUCUGCAUGUGCACACUGCCAGCCGCAGCUGGUGCUGCUUCUUCUACGCCGUCUUUGCCGCCAUCGGUGUCGACCGGAUGUCGUAACCUGUAGCUCGCUGAUAGCUGCUUGCUCGAGAUCCAGCCUUGGGCACCAGUCGAUGAAGCUAAUGAAGAGCAUGCGGAAGAGGAGCAUUGAAAUCAACACAUACACUUAUGCCACCGCGAUUUCUGCUUGUACUGACUGGCAGCAAGCUGCAGAUCUAGUGGUAGAUGUGAGGGCAAGGGCUUUGCCAUUGGCGGAGCCUGUGAUGGUUUCGAGUAUCAGUACAUGUGAGGGCUGCUGGCAACAUGCCCUGCAGCUGCCGGGAAUGGCUAUUCAAGGCAUGCUGGAACAGCAACUUGCCCUGGCGUUGAACGCAGCGAUGACAGUGGCAGGAGCCAGAAACAUGUGGCAGAUAUCUUUGCAUAUUUUGGAGUCCACGCAAAACCAUUGGCUUCGUCCUGAUGUUGUCAGAUGCAAUGCUGCCAUUGGAAGCUGCAGCAGAAGCUCAGAAUGGAACACGGCACUCCAGAUGUUUGCACAAAUGAAAGGCCUGACAAACGUUGUGUCCAAAAUUUCAGCAUUGUUGGCAUGUGGUCAUGGAGGACAUUGGCAAGGAGCACUGUGGUUGCUGUUUGGUGAUAGGUUGAAUGAGGUCGCUGAAGCUUCUACGGCCUUUUUCACAGCGGCCAAUGCCUGCGCAGAUGCUGGUGAAUGGCAGCGGGCUUUGGAGGUCGUGAAUGCCAUGCUCUCGCAAGGUCCUUCAGCACGGUCAACAGAGACGAUGAAUGUCGCUAUGAGUGCAUGUGAGAAGGCGACCCAAUGGGAACGCACGCUCGAAUUGUUGCAGUGCCUUUGUGAAGUUGCACUGUCCCCAAGCCAGACAUCAGUGAAUGUGGUGCUCAGUGCUUGUGAUAAGGCCGGGAAGUGGCAGCAAGCAUUGGUUUUACUGUCCAUGCUUGACAGCAGAGGUGGAGAUCAUCCAUUGUCCGGACUUCAGAUGAACGUUGUCGGCUACAGCACGGCAGCCAAUGCUUGUGGCAGGGCCAAGUGCUGGCAGAACACAUCAAACCUACUGUGUAAGAUGCAGGCUUCAAUGCUAAGAUUGGAUGGAUAUUCCCUCAAUGCCUUGGUCAAUGCUUUUGCUCGAGCUUCUCUAUGGGCUCGGGCGAUUGGUCCAUUGACAAGUUCACAUGCAGACAGCAUUGCUUUCAACUCGGCGCUUUGCUCCAUGAGUACUGGAAAAGUGUGGACACGUGCUUUGGCCACGCAGCAAUCCAUGGUGCAAGCGGCGCUGGUGGCAGAUGUCGUGUCCUUCGGUUCCAGUAUCACAGCAUGUGAGAAUUCACAUCGCUGGCUUUGGGCCAUCAGACUGUUUUCACAGAUGCAGUUCGCAGGUCUCAAACCAGGAUUGAUCACAUGUAGUGCGGCUGCAAGCGCACUUGAGAAGUGCGGGAUUUGGAAUGGUGCUGGGAAUUUGUUGUCGCAGAUGUUUUUGUGGGAGGUUCAGCCAAGUGCCACCACAAUAAAUGCAGUGAUUGCAGCCAGUGAGCGCGUCAGCCAAUGGCUCCAAGCACUGGGUUUUCUCUCAGCCAUGCCCUUGAGGUUCUUGUCGGCAGACUUGAUCUCUGUGAACUCUGUUGUGACAGCCUGUGAAAGGCAGCCCAUGGUGGAUUCUUCCUUGCAAGCUCUUUUGGCGGAUUGUUCAGCAUCUUUGGAGUGCUUCCUGAAAGAACGCAUCAGAAGACCAAUUGGGGUUUCUAGCAAAAAAGGGGCCGGGACGCCCAGGGACACCAUGGUGUCACCCUUUGCCAUGCAGGAAGUUGGAAUCUCGGCCCCAGGUCACGGAGUCACCAGGUUGCUGUAUUCCUGUCGAAGCCAAACGCAUUUUACAAAUGUCUUGCCAGUGAGCUUCGGUAUGGUCGGGCUUCUCACUGGACUGGUCUGUGAGAGCAUGUUCGACAAGAACGACGCUCGGGUGGAGCAAGAGCGCGCCGAGGCAGAAGAGAAGCGUCAGAGGAUCAUCAAGAAUUGCGAGAAGAUCUUUGAGACCAUUGCAAGCCAAGGCAAGUGGGGAGGACAGGCCACCAUCGAGGACAUCAUGCAGAUCUUGCCGGACUUGGAUAAUCUCUUCGUGGAGGAAGGCGUCACCUUCGCACGUGAGGACCUGGUGAACACAGCCACCUGGCUGCCACGGUGA